CACUGGCGGAUGUUGAUGUUUUGUUUUUGCUCGGUGUCGCUGAACGAUGUGAGCUGUAACAUUCCUUUGGGUUUAGUCGUUUUUUAUUGCCCCCACUGGUUUCUUUGUGCUUAUACGCGGCGAGGGUUUGCUGCUUGUCGACCCCGAGUCCCUCCGGUGGUUUCCCCGGACCGUGAGAUGAUGGAGGACUUUGAUGAGAUCUAUGAAGAGGAGGAGGAGGAAGAGGACGAGGACAGGGCCGCGGAGGAGCAGCUCUUGAAGUACUCUCCGGACCCGGUUGUGGUUCGCGGUUCCGGGCAUGUCACUGUAUUUGGGCUUAGUAACAAAUUUGAGGCAGAAUUUCCCUCAGCACUCACAGGAAAGGUGGCACCAGAAGAAUUCAAAGCCAGUAUCAACCGCGUGAACAGCUGCCUGAAGAAAACAUUGCCUGUAAAUGUGCGGUGGCUGCUGUGUGGCUGCCUGUGCUGUUGUUGCACAUUAGGCUUCAGCUUGUGGCCAGUCAUCUGCCUGAGUAAAAGGACCAGAAGGUCUUUAGAAAAGCUCUUGGAGUGGGAGAACAACAGACUUUAUCAUAAGUUGUGUUUGCACUGGAGACUAAGCAAAAGGAAGUGUGAAACAAACAAUAUGAUGGAAUAUGUAAUACUCAUAGAGUUCUUGCCGAAAAUUCCCAUCUUCAGACCGGACUAAUCUGACUCCAGAUGAGCGCACACCUGCUCUGCUGCCCAGUUUAUGAAGGCUGUCCUGUUCUGAAAACAGCUCUACCUUAACACUCCAACAGUUUGUUUACAGCGUUUUGAUGAAACAUUUUUGUUUUUCCCCCAAACCCCGUACAUACCCCCAUUGUUUUGGAGUGAACUUUAAAAGGAGCUCUGUGAACUUGCACAAUGACAAGACACGUGAACAGCACCAGCCUGUGAAAGAACAUCUAACAACCAGCUAUGGGCAGCACUAUUGAUUUUUUUUACAGCCUUAUUUGAACUGCAAACGCAUAAGCUAUGACUUCUGCAAACAACUGGAUUUAUUUUUAAUUUGACAAAAUUACACAUUAUGGAAAUUACUGUAAGAAUGUUACUCUUUUGUCCUAACAUCUACAGUUCUUUGAAAUGUACGCCACACAAUGGUUUUGGUAAAGAAACUUGAAGAAAAAAAGAGCUGAGAAAAAAUUUUACUGUAACUAGCUCUGCAGCAGAAGGACAGAGAUUGCAUUCUUCCUUUUUCACAACAGUGGAGUGACAUCUUUUUUUUAAACCAGAAAUGUUUUUAUCCCCCUUCCUUAUCUGUGCAUAUCUGCAUCACCCCAAAUGAAUGACAAUCAGUCCUGAGUGUGAGCUCAGGCCCUGGAUCAACAUGUAAACUGGACAGAAACCAACAGUGACAGAUUCAAGUGAUUUUUAAAGUUUUGUUGACUGUCUGAGGUGCAGUUAUUAGUGAUGGAUUGAUCACUGUGGAGUGUCUGACAAAGAGAAAAAAGAAGCAAAAAGCCAAUCAGACAUUAAUCACACAUUCAUACUCUACUGCAGGGUUCUUUUCAUUUCUAUUGCAUGUUUAUUCAUAUGUCAUAUGCUGUGUGAACGGACAUUCAUUCCUCAAAUAAUUAUUAUUGGUUCCUAUUGUGUGGUUAUGUUCCACACUUAAGCACACUUUAGCUUUUUUCCACAAUUUUUUAUAUGGCCUGCUUGAGUUUUCCACUAUUGCUCUGUUUAAGCUAAAGUCCAUAAAGCGAAGGUUGUUUUAGAUUUCUUAAGAUAUAUGAAUCUGACUUGUAAAUGAUGCAGAUAGUAUGGCAAAUAACAAAUUAAUAUCUUAAACUUGAAAGAUUAGAAACUAGAUACUAAGUCACAACAAAACGAUUAUCAGAGGCUAAAUAUAAUUAAUCCCUUGGUUUAACUUUCCAAAUAAUUCUCAGGAUGUAGAAACCUUUAAAAAUGUAGCAUUAAAAUGUCACUGUCAGGUAUGUUCAGAGGUCUGCAUGGUAAACACCAUUGGGAACAUCACUUCAUUAUUAACAUGUUAUUUCUUAAUUUGAGAGAGGUCAGUCAAAAGUACGCACAUUGUCGCAUUGACACUUCACUCAUGCAUGUUGUUUAUUCAUGUCAGAAUGCAGAAUGGUUUGAUACCAGCAUGGUUUUAGUCUAACCAUGACUAAGACCAAAUAUAAGUGUUUGCAUAUAUUUCUGUUGUUGAAAUUCACAACUGAAAUUAGUUCUUUUUUAUAUUUCUCCUAAAUGUUUUGUUGUGUCAGAUGAGUGAAAGAUACUGUAUGUCCAUAUAUUCAAAAUAUCUCUUACACAGUACAGUAAACUACCAAUAAAUAAGGCAAUGGGCAUCCUGCUCUAAA